CGCACAUACAGCGGGUUUUCCGGGUCAGAGUGAGCUGCAGCACCGCCGAGUCCAGCUGCGAGAGCCCCAACGCCGGCUCCAGUAUCAUCGUAAACAUCGAGGACGGCAAGGAAGAAGAUUGCACUAAAGCUAAAGUUUACUGCAGGCUGUUUGGCUGAUCUCAGAACAGCUCCCCGGUCCACUGUGGUGGAGCAGCCGCCGCUGACUGCGUGACGCAGCUGAUCUGAGACUUGCUGCUGAAGCUGUGAUCCCCAGCUCGGGCCCGUGGCUUGAGUACAUAGUGUCUCUGAUCAGCCCUGUGCAUAAGCACCGUGAGCGUUUGACUCUUUGGCUGCAGCGGCGACUGCAUGCCCUGCGUGCAGCUAUUGAGUACGAGAGCUGUGCCGUGGUGCAGGUUAGGGACCAUGCACUGGAGCUUCAGGGAGGUCAUGCGCAGGUAACAGCUGCAUGCGCUAUGCUGCAGCGCCUGAAGAUGGAGCACCGCGGCUGCCGCGAACCCCAGCCCCUGCCCGCUGCCGCCGGCCACGACUCUCCAGAGGAGGAGGAGGAGGAGGACGAAGAUGCCGGAGAAGAUGGAAGCAGUUCCGAGAGCGAUGGAGAGGCACGGUCACGGAGCGGGAGUUCUGGAGGAGCUGGAGGCGCAGCGGGGUCGGGAGAAGGAGCGCCCGGAAGGAGGCAGGACCCACUCAUAGCAACCAAACCUCACCGGCAGCUGUGCCGCUCAUCCUGUUUGGACCGUCCCAGCUUCAGCCAGAGCAGCACCUUACAGGAAUUACGCACAGAUGACACCCAGAGAGCCCAAAUGCCCUUGCGUCAAACCAGCGAUCGAGAUUACCAAACCAAAAUGGACUUUGCUCUGAAACUGGGCUACUCUGGUGAGCAGGUGGAGUCUGUGCUGAGUAAACUGGGGUCCAGCGCACUAAUCAAUGAUGUAUUGGCCGAGCUGGUACGGCUAGGCAAUAAAGGAGACCCUGAGAGCCAGGCAGCAGCGGGCACUGCCGGUUUAACGCCACGGGCGGUGGGAGCCAAAGAAGCCGUCAGCCCAGAAGCAUCGCUGGAGGAAGACGCAUCAGACACGUAUGACAACCUCAGACCGAUUGUGAUCGAUGGAUCCAAUGUCGCCAUGAGCCAUGGAAACAAAGAGGUGUUCUCAUGCCUGGGCAUUCAACUGGCUGUUGAUUGGUUCCUGGAGAAGGGCCACAAAGACAUCACAGUUUUCGUCCCAGCAUGGAGGAAAGAGCAGUCAAGACCUGAUGCACCGAUCAAAGAUCAGGAGAUCCUACGGAAAUUGGAGAAGGAAAAGAUCCUCGUCUUCACGCCGUCUCGCAGAGUCCAAGGCCGACGAGUGGUUUGCUAUGAUGACCGUUUCAUCGUCAAGCUGGCCUGCGACUCGGACGGGAUCAUCGUGUCCAAUGAUAACUACCGAGACUUGCAGAAUGAGAAGCCAGAGUGGAAGAAAUUUAUUGAGGAGCGACUCCUCAUGUACAGCUUCGUCAACGACAAGUUUAUGCCUCCUGAUGAUCCUUUAGGCAGACAUGGACCCAGUCUGGAAAAUUUUCUCCGCAAACGACCAGUGGUUCCAGAGCACAAGAAGCAGCCGUGUCCUUAUGGUCAGUACAGCAAAAGUAAGAAGUGCACAUACGGCCAUAAGUGCAAGUACUACCACCCAGAAAGAGCCAACCAACCACAGCGGGCUGUCGCAGACGAGCUCAGAGCCUUUGCCAAACUCUCCGCUGUAAAGACAAUGAGCGAGGGAGCACUUGCCAAAUGUGGGACCUCUGGUUCUGCUAACAAGGGAGACAGUAGCUCUGAGGCAAAGCGAGUGGCACCCAAGCGCCAGUCUGACCCGAGUAUCCGGUCAGUUGCUUGUGAGCAAGAAGAGAGACUCUGUCCAGCUCGGAAGGCUGAGGCCAAUUCUGUACCGUCAUUAGUUUCAGCGCUUAGCGUUCCAACUAUGCCACUGACAAAAAGUCAUGCUGCAGGCGCUCUGAACACGCGCUCAGCGAGCAGCCCUGUUCCAGGGUCUCUGCACUUUACCCACAGCUCGCUCGAGCAUGCGGGCAGCGUCCAAUAUCCCCCCAUCCUAGUCACCAAUAGCCAGGGCGCCUCUGUGGCUUAUGGUGAGCCGUUCCCCAAGUACGACUCUGUGGUAAGCGACCAUGGCUACUAUUCCAUGCUCAGUGACUUCUCUACCAUAAGCCUCCAAGACAGUUUCUGCAGCCUUGAGCAGCCAGAGCCUGUAGGGGUGGGUGGAGGUUAUCCUGGCAGAGCCAGCAUGUGCCCAGAACCCGGCCGAAGUCAUUCGUCGGACUCCUUCUCGUCCUACAGUGGAGAGAUGUACCUCAACUCAUUGGAGGGCAGCCUGGAUGACAGCAUGAAAGGGCCACCGUCGCAGACCCAGACGCAAUCUUCAGCACAAGCACGCCUUCAAGCCUUUGCUCACGGUUUCCACCAUGAGGCCUUGACACGUGUGCAGAGCUACGGAACGGAUGAACCCAAACCAGGACCACGAAAGCAGUCCUCCGCCCACCUUGCACCACACUCCCAACACCCAGUCGUUGGUGCCCGAUCCAGCUGCCCAGGAGACUACCCUCCUGUGUCCCAGAGCGUGUUGCCUUCCGUCAGCCCUUCCCAGCAGGGUCGGUCCCUAGGCAUGACUCGAAUGGACAGCAUCUCUGACUCACGGCUCUACGAGAGCAAUCCGCUUCGCCAGCGGAGACCUCCUCUUUGCCGAGAGCAGCAUGCCAGCUGGGACCCUUUGCCGUGUGGUAACGAGCCCUACAGUUAUGGAAGCUACGGAUUAACGGGAGGCCUCAUGCCUUGCUGUGAAAGGGUGAUGGUCCGCAGCAUGCCCGAGAAGAUGGAGCAGAUCUGGAGGUCCCCGUGGGAUAGCGUGCCGCCUCCACCGCCCAGCGCUCGAGGGCCAGCGGAGGAACCCCAAGAGCGGCACCCUAUUCCAGAACACCAGUAUCAAACCUACCGAAACCUCUGUAACAUCUUCCCGGCAUAUGUGGUCCAUUUGGUCAUGGAGGAGAACCCUCACAUGACCGAUCCCCAGCAGCUGGCUGCCGUCAUCGUCACUAAACUGCGCACUUGCCACUAAGCACAUCACAAAAGGCUGCUAACAACACCUAGUAAUGAAAAAUCAGACACCGUGAGAAUUUCGUAUUUUUGUUUUGCUCUGAAGAAACAGCCAUCCCUGUGUAGUAAUGAUUGGAUCCAUUAGGAAGUUGGCUAGCAUGAUAGCAUUGAUGAUGCAUUGGUUGUUAUGUCAUCUGUUAAGCCAUAUGGGAGCCUGGAUCUUGUAUCUGAGAAGUUUAGCGUAUAACCCGAUAGAAUAACCCGAUAGAAUUCCUUCGAUAAAAAAAAGUCUUACGUUCUGCUCCUGGGAUGGGCCAAAAAGUUGUUCGUAAAGCCGACUCAAAAGUGAAGAGAGCAACUUCCUGCCAGUUUGAUGGCAGAUCUUGAGAAUGUCUUCUUUCGUUGGUGAUGAUAACAUUUAUCCUUUGAAAAAGAGUUACUUGAGAGAAAUCUCUUUGGUAAAACUGAUCAGAAAUGAUCCUGCACAAUAUGAAUAGUAUUGUGUAUGUAUAUGUGUAUUCACUUGCAUUUGCGUGUAAAUAUGACGUGACACCGUAGUGUGGUUCGUUGGUGUGCGUGAUGACUUGAUGUGUGAUUUCAGAAAGAGGAAUGAACGCUUGCGUACCUCAAAGCAUGACCUUUGAACUUUUAUGGCCUUACAUUGGAGUGACCUCACCACACAUUAAUGUGAAUAGUGCUUAAUAGCUGUGGGGGUCGCUGUUUUGCAUUUGUUUUUAUAAAAGCGAGCACUGGGACAGAAAGGUCGUGCUGCGGUUCAGACUUUUUAACUGGCUGGGCUGUAACUGCAAACUUGCCCUGCGAUGUCUGUUCGCACGCAUGCACGGAUGCAUAUUCACGAAGCCAUUUUCAAAGAUUGAGCCAAAAAGAUAAUCGGUGUGCGUUUUUCUGAUCUGAAAGCACUAGGUAUGUCUAGUUGGAGAAGUUAUUCUUACGUAUUUCCUAAAUGUUGUUGUUGUAUUGUAGAUUUCAAGAGAGAUGUUUGAGUAAGCAUGGGCUUCAGUAAAUCUCUCCCAGACAGCAUGUUAGCACUAUGCUCGAAAGAGAGCGCUGCUCACGUUUGGCUCGUUAGUCAAUAACUACGUUCAAGUAUUCACAAACUGGGGAGGAGAAUGCGUCUCUUCGGCAAAAUGCUCCUGUGCAGCAUCUGUUUCCUGAUUGAUGCCGAGAGACCGCCCCGUUUCAUCUGUUCCGCCCUGUAAAUUAACAUAUCUUCAGGAAAGCGUGAAUGUUAUUGGUCCAGAGAUGCUCUGGGUGUUUUCAAAAAGACUUAAAUUGCUCCUUCAUUUUUUUUUCAUGAGCACAGGUGUGGCCCCGUGGGGCCCCCGUUACUGCUCGUGGGAAGGUGUGACACACUGCCUACCUGUUUCUUCCUGUGCGACACACACACGGAACACCAGGCUGUUGUUGGGUUGUUUCUGACAUUUGGCUGACAGUUCGCUUGCUGCCUCUCUGUCGCCCCCAACCCUGCUUCGACGUGGACAAAAAACCCAACCUCUUAGUUCUCUAAUAUGAACACAGAUGGCUCUCCUUCCCCUUAGUUUUGAUUUUCAACAGGGUUUUUCCAGGAAGCAAAUACAAUCGUGUUUUACGUUUUUACAAUCAAGGCAAAUUUUUGUGGGCUAAAUGUAGUCACCUCAAUAGGAAUCCACAGGAUUGGGAAUUUAUGCAAGGCAAUAAAUUUCCCCGUACAGAGUUCGCAAUGAGUUCACGAAGUCAAAGUCACACACAUAUUCAGUAGACAUUUUUGCCCACAAACAUUUGCUAAUGUAGCCGCACUUUUAGUAGUACUUUUAGUAUUAUUCAUAUACCUGCGCAGCAUGUUUCAGGUCUAAAUGUGUAUUUUUGUUUUAGAUGGAAGUGUUUUUACAGUUGGGUUUCUCCUUUUCCCCUUCUCCUCUGAACCUAGGAGCAAACAAUCCUGAAAGAGAUGUUUCUAGAGCAAUCUAGAAACUGAUUUCUUGUAAAUUAUGACAUUGCUGUCCGCUGCUUAUGCUCCGAGGUUCAGACUCCUGUGCAGUUGAGCAGCAAGCUAUCACACAACAAAUGUCCAGAAACGACCUUUUGCUUGUUGAUACAAAUUGUAUCUAUUUCUUGAUUGUAAAAAUAUAUAUAUAUAUAUUUCUGAGCUGUACAUUAUCACUUAUAUGAGUAUAUAUAUAUCUAUAUAUAUUUAAAAAAAAAAAAAGCUUAGUUUUGUUUAAAAAAAAAAAGGAUAAAGAAAUAUAAUGCCAUAAUGUCAGUGAUACCGUGUGUCACUCGAGUAGCCCAUAGAGAUGGCUUAUUUCCUGCCGGGCAGACCACUACAGACAGGGAUCUCUCUCUCUCUCUCUCUCUCUCUCUCUCUCUCUCAUUUCUUUCUCCAUCCUCUCAUACCUCCUUCACUUCUCCAUGCCUUGAAAUUGCUGUUUGAUGAUUAUUUUGGAAAGUGAAAGUUUACCUCAGCAGAGCUGACUGAACGAUUUGUAGGCCGUGGCUUUAUAUAUCAUCCUUCAGUCUCUCUCUGUUAGAGGUGUAGAUUCAGGAGAGACACAUUCUGACACAAUCUGUGUUCUCCUAAUAUAUUUUUUCGCUGUAAAUAUCGGAAAUUAAUGUCAACCCUCUUGUAUUUGCACAGUAUUAGUGCAUUCACAUACAUAAAGACACUCUACCAGCUUAUCCGAGCAGGAUCUCUCUCAUACACACACUUAGACUCGAUGGGUUGCCUGACAACCACAGUCAGCUGAUCACAUGCUAUCAUUAGUAUUGAUGAGACUAAUGUAAAAUGUUGACUAUUGUGUGCGUUAGUGUGAAUUUAUGGUAAAUUCACCAGUUUCACCUGUAACAUAGUUUACCUUCUACAGUGAAGACAUGGAGGCACGUUCCAGGUUGAUGACAUGAGACUUUAAU